GGUUGGGAGUCUCAGUUACUUGAAAUGGGUUUCCUUGCAAUGUUCUUAUUUCCAGUUUAUAGUUAUAGCCAGUUUCCACGUCACACGCCCACAAGCUGGACCAAUGUCUGGGGAAAUCGUUGGAUGAUAUUCCGCAUUAUGAUUGGAGCUGGUUUGAUAAAGAUGAGAGGUGAUAGCUGUUGGAGGGACUUGACUUGUAUGAACUAUCAUUAUGAGAGCUUCUUUUAUGUCAAAAAGUCUAACAGUUGACAACAGCACAAUCAAGUUUCAAAUAUGGGAUACAGCUGGACAGGAGAGAUAUCGGUCACUAUUACCAAUGUAUUACAGAAAUGCAGCAGCAGCUAUUGUGGUGUAUGAUAUAACAAAUGAAGGAUCAUUCACAGUGUUACAGGAUUGGAUAGCAGAACUACACAGACUAGACCCACCUAAUAUUGUAUUAGCAAUUGCUGGAAAUAAAUGUGACCUUGAAGAUAAAAGAGAAAUUCCAGCUGAACAAGGUCAGACUUAUGCAUCAGAAGUUAAUGCCAUAUUUGCAGAGACUAGUGCCCUCACUGCUAGGAAUGUUGAGGAAAUGUUCAUUGAAAUAACUUGUAAGUUACCGUUUAACUAGUUUACCAGCUGGUGCCUCUCUCUUAAGACAGACUGAUACACCACGUGCUAAGGGAGGAUGCUGUGGAGGAGGGGGAGGGGACAAAGGACCAUCAUAAUAGUUCAGUUAUAAUAAGAUAAUAAAUUAAUGAUUAUUAUUAUUAUUAUUAUUAUUUUAAUAACAACUGACACAUGUACUGCUUGCCCAAUAAGCUGGUUGUACUAUUCUCUUCUAUUUUAUUUUAAUUGUCUUUGAUUGCAAUAAUAAUUUAUUAUUAAAA